AUGGGUGGCUAUACACACAGUACCCAGGACAAAGCUCUCCACUCGGAAAGGGAGCCCAAUCGUUCUGCAGCCCCAACAUCCACCUUAGCACCUAGGAAAAUGCCCAAAAGCAUAUCAAUAUCCAAACUGGCUUCAAUAAAAGCUCUGAAGAAGGGCUCAGAUCUGGAAAGAGCCAUUGCUGCUGCUGCUCUGAUUUUUAGAAACUCAUCGGACUCGGAUGGCAAACUUGGAAAAGCUACUGCCAAAAGUCUGCUACAAACCCAACUUAGUAAUUUCACAGAGGAACAAGAAACCAAGCCAAAAUACAAAGAGAUCCUUUCUGAACUUAAUGAGAACACAGAAAAUAAGCUCGAUUUUGAGGACUUCAUGAUCUUGCUCUUAAGCAUCACUGUCAUGUCAGAUCUGCUACAAAAUAUAUGGAGCAUAAAAAUUACAAAAUAG